AUGGCCAUGGACUCACCCUCUGAAACUAUCUCCACCACACACAGACAAGAGCUUGUCAGUCCACCGAGGAGCCUUGACACCUAUUCCUAUGACAGAUACCAUCCCAUGGGGGAGAUCUAUCAGUGGAUGAGCCAGGUCAGCAAGAAGGCUGCAGGAGUGCUGACACAGCAUUUCCUGGGAAUGACCUAGGAGACCUGGCCCACGUACCACCAGAAGAUCAGCUUAUCAUCCAGCGAUCCCAAGAAGGUCAUUUGGAUGGGCUGUGGAAUUCAUUCCAGAGAAUGGAUUGCCCCUGCUUUUUGCCAGUGGUUUCUGAAAAAGAGAAGUAUUCUAUAGAACGAUAAAGAUAAUGCAAGGAUCGGCAGGCUCCUUAAGGAACUAGACUUAUUUGUGCUUCCUGUCCUGAACACCAAUGGUUAUAUCUACACUUGGACAACAGUGUGGACAUUGUCCAUCGGCCACAAUCAUACUGGCACAUGCUUCGGAACAGAUCUCAAUUGGAAUUUCAGUGUCUCCUGGUAUACCAAGUCUGACUUGACAGCCAAGGUCAUGUCUGAGUACCGUGAGUACCAAGGUAUCGGCACAUCCAUAAACUGCCAAGAUGUAACAUUCUGUGGAAUAGAACCAAUGUCGGAACCAAAGACUAACUUCUCAAGCCUUAUAGAAAGCAAAGGAAAAAAAAAAAGGGAAACAAAAGGCAUCCUGUGCUUCCUGACCAUGCGCUCUUAUGGGCAGCUCAUUCUCACACCUUAUGGCUACACCAAAAAUAAGCCAAGUAACUACGAGCAUCUAAUUCAAGUUGGACAGAAGGCGGCAAGCGCACUGAAAGCAAAACAUGGAACCAAUUAUAGAGUUGGAUCAAGUGCAGACAUUUUAUAGAUGCUGUCAGGAUCCUCAAAAGACUGGGGAGGAGACAGUGAGAUCCCCUUCUCGUACACAUUUGAGCUAAUGGACAAUGGUACCCAUGGGUUUGCUCUAAUCUAG